AUGUCGAAUUUUGGUGAUUCACCUGAUAUUGGCGAUUCACCGGAACGUUCAGGUAUUAAUAGUGGUAAUAAUCUAUCAACAUCAAUUGAUAGUGAAGAAACCGCAUUAUCCAAAUAUGAACAUGAAUUGGAAAGGAUGAUCAACGAAAGUUUAAUUAAUGGACAAGAUUUAUAUACACAAAAAUUAUUUAAUGCCUUUCAGAAUGCAGCCAAAUCUGUAACAAAAAUGUUUCGUGAACGUUCCAAUGGAACAGCUAAUUGGAAUACAUUUCAUGCAGCAGCUGGAUCUGUCACAAUGCUUUAUAAAGAAAGUCUUGAUGCAUUGAAAGAUACAGUACAAUUGGGUAUUAUUAAUGGUGAACAACGUAAAACAAAAGAAUUGUUAUGUUGGGCACGUCGUAAACAACGUCGCCAUAUACGUACAGAAGAAGUUUAUGACUAUUUAAUUGGUCGUCCACCAUAUCGUUUUGCUUCUCGGCCAUAUAAUUCAAAUAAUUCAUUAUCAUUAACUGAAAUUGGCAGUACGAACAGUGGUACAACACAUAGCAGUAGUCUACGUCGACAAGAUUCAGCUACAGAAUUAACCACAACAAUACCAACAACAACAACAACGAAUCAAAAUCAACCCAUUGUGGAUGAUUUACAAACAUUUCGACAAGCACUUGUCAUGCAUGAUAUUGAUAAUGCUAAUCGUAAUGUUCAUUCAAAUUCCUAUCGUCAUCAAUCACCAUCACCACCUUCAACAGCUCAACAACUUGAAAGUUUUGUUCGUCAACAAGUUGCUGAUCACUUAGCACGUAAACGUGAUUGGCAUUCAGCAGAUUUUGGUUCGACUUCAUCGGAUUUUCAAAAACCAAAACGUGGCCGACAUAUGUGA